UAAAGAGAGAUACGAUAAAAUACACGAACGUACUGAUAUAAGCACAAAUUCAAGGAGAGGUCUGUACAAGAUCAGCAAGUCCAUCUCAAGAUGAACGUCUUUGACCGCAACAUCAACUUUGACGCUCUGUUCAAAUUCUCCCAAAUUUCUGCCUCCACCCAGCAGCACCUGAAGAAUGUGUAUGCCAGCCUUGCUGUGUGCAUGCUGGUGGCAGCCACAGGCUCCUACGUUCAUGUGGUCACACGGCUGUUCCAGGGGGGUUUCCUGUCCCUGCUCGGCUCAUUGGGAAUGAUGGCGUGGUUGGCCAUGACGCCACACAGCCACGAGACGGAGAAGAAGAGGCUGGCCAUCCUGGCGGGAUUUGCCUUCUUUACAGGUGUUGGUCUGGGGCCUGCCAUGGACUUCGUCAUUGCCAUCAACCCAAGCAUCAUCCUGACUGCUUUCCUGAGCACGUCUGUCAUCUUUGUGUGCUUCACUCUCAGCGCCCUCUAUGCCCGCCGCAGGAGUUACCUCUUUCUGGGAGGGACACUGAUGUCUGCACUGUCCAUCCUGCUCCUGGUCUCUUUGGUCAACAUAUUCCUUGGAUCAGUAAUGCUUUUUAAGGCUCACCUGUACCUGGGGCUGGCUGUGAUGUGCGGCUUUGUGCUGUUCGACACCCAGCUCAUCAUCGAGAAGGCAGAGAUGGGAGACAAGGACUACAUCUGGCAUUGUGUGGAUCUCUUCCUGGACUUUGUGACUAUCUUCAGAAAGCUUAUGGUCAUUCUCUCCAUGAACGAAAGGGACAAGAAGAAAGAAAAGAAAUAGAUGGGGAUAGGUUCUACUUUCGGACGAAAACCAACCCAUGACUGCGAAUAGUAUCUGAAUUGCCUCUGGUGCUUUCACCCCUCCCCCUUAUGAUUAUUAUUAUUAAACUGAGAUUGUUUUAAUCCUUUCCUUAGAUUUAGCAUUCUCAUUAUUUAAAAGUAGGAUUUUUUUUGCUUCACAGAAAGGAUUGCUGUUUGAGAUUUGUAGUCAAUACUGCAAUGAUAAAACCUGUCCAGUUGGGGGAGCUGUUGCUCUAGAAUUUAGUCACAGAUGAGCAGUGCAGCAUCUCGAGCAUGUUUGGUUUGACAGUGCUCGACACGUGCUAUAUAGGUCUCUCAUUUGGAUGGUUUGAAAGCUUUUGGAUUCUCUGGCAGGUUUUCUGAGCAGUUCUCAUUAACAUCAUUACUCUUUAUGCCCAUUGUCCCCCAAAAGCUCCAUUCCUCUCUGUUGGUGUCUGGCUGCAGAGUGGAGCUUGAGCUCUUGCCAUAGAUGUACAACCCUUGAGCAGCUGUGUCUGUGAUGUUCAUAUAUGUUAUCAGUGUGUUAAAAACAGGGAAGGAUCAUGUGAGCAGAACAAAGUAAUUAGAGGGAGAGACUUUAAAUACUGAUAGCUAAAGUGGGUCGGAAUAAUAGGUUAAUGUUAGUUAGCUAGCUGGUGACUUGCCAAGCAGUUUGUGUGUCACUUUUCAGAAUCCAACCAACUAAAAGCCUCGACCAAAUCCUUGUGUAUUCAGACUACUAGCAAAGAUUAAAAAAAAUGACAUGUCCCCACAGUGGGCUUGUUUUUGCCUCUUUGCGUGAUCUGAUAUGAAGGCAGUGAAAAUGUUGGGGACGUGUACUGAAGCUCCCAACCAAGCAGCCUGUGGCCUCAGGUGCCUAUGGCACAAGCUUAACACCACCGUGUAGCCAGACAGAGACUUCACACACCCUACUACUUUCAGCAGAUCUACAAAGAGGCAUAAUCUCUGCAGCUUUUCUCAUGAUUAUAGCGUAUCAGUUCCCAGAUGAUUUGAGAUGAAAUUCUAUCUGCAAAUGUUAAGGAAGGUCUACGUUCGAGAGUAGGAAUUGGCUUGCUCAGUGUGUUUCUGUGUGUUUGCUGGCCCCACGUAGAGUAUUGAUCAUUGCCACAAAUUCAUUGCAAAGGGAGGGUCUGCGCAAAAGAGAUGACAAACUGAUUGGAAACAGGCCCUUCACAUCGAAGGAGUAGCUGGCAUUGAGAUAAAUGCUUCUGAAGACCAGUGUCCCAUUUGACAAAUCAUAGAUAAGUAGUACCCAUCAGUGCCAAUUAAUGAGAGUAAACUCCUGUAAGAUUGACUCCUCUUCAGUUAGUCUGUUUAGUACCUAUUCUUGGGAUAAAAUACGUUCUCCUCUGAUCUGUGUAGAGAAUCCACCCUUCUAAUUAUUAUUAAUUAUUGUUUCUAAUUGGUAGCAAUCUAUCGACAGUGUUUGUGACUAUUGGUGACUUUUUGUCAGCUUUCGUAUUGAGACAGUGACGUGUGUUGGUGAAUUCAUGAGAAAGACUCGUUUUCCUGAUGUUCCUUGUUUCCCAAACCCAAAACCCCCUAUCCUGUUUAGUCAUGUCUGUCACUGCCAAGACACACCAAUUGAAAUAAGGGGGCUAGAGAGACAGACAUCUUUUAUGCCCUGGGUGUUGGCCAUUUUCUUGCUUGAAGGCGUACACAAAUUCUCACGCCUUGAGCGAGCCUCACCACACCAGCGCCAGGUUGCCAGCAAAGUGUCACCCAUUCUUUUGUUUCCGCACUUACUGUUGCCAGACAGUGACGUGCAUGGUUUGCCAACUGUGUAGAGCUGAUGGCCUUCUGCGUCAUAUUGCCUUAUGCACUUUAGGUUUGGGGGUGCUGAUGUUAUUACACCAUUGCCAAAUUAAAAAAAAAAAAAGUAUUGAAGUCCCAUUUCAGAGUCAUGCACUAUUCUUAAUCUUGGCCUGAAUAAGGGUCCGGAUCAGCAAGGUCUGGCAAUCCUUGUUCCUCUCAGAGGCAGUGGGGGCAAGCAUAAAGUCACUGGAAGCUAAAAUAAAAAUGUUAGUGGAAGCAAAGUGUAUGGUUCCAUAACCAUGAGCCCAUAGUUUCAUCAAGCUGCUUAUUGAAUAUCAAUCUGAAUUUGACUCAACUCAAAGAUUAAGUUCUUUCAGCUUUAUUGAAUAAAAGUAAUCAGGUGUGCAGUGUGCCUUAUGGCACAUAAUUGAUUAACUAAUUACGCUUGUUUGAGAUGGCUGCCCGGUAUGUGUCCGGCAAGCAGAUAUUAGUAAAAUACAGUGAAUGUCAACUUCACUGUGUGAUUAUGGCAGCACAAGCACAUGUCCAACAGCGCAUUUGUUUCACAGUUUACAGUGGAUUAAAUGUAGAGAGGGCAAAUAAAGAUGCAUAUUGUCUGAACAGCUCAAUGGUCAACUGGAAGGAAAACCAGCAUUCAGAGUGCCCCCAGAACCAGGGUUGGGAAAACAGUUUUGCCUUCAGCUGUGGAAUGACCUCAGCCUAAACGGAGGCAAAAUUUAAAUGGGGCACACGAGAGCCAAGUCAUCUUUUAAUUUCCUCCAGGAAAAGUCCUUGUUUCCUUGGAAGUGCCAAUUACAUGACCAGUUUACCAAAUAUUCUUAGGGUAUUGUUGAGAACCUGUGUCAGAAUGAAAAAUAAAUGUUUCAUUUGAUACUGUGAAGAUGCUUUUUUCCUCUUCCA